AUGGCCCCAGUGGAAGAACAGGCCACAGAUAUCAACACAGACCCCACCUGUAGCAUGACAGCAGACCCAGACAUAGCCCUCGGCAGCAGCUUGUACCCAGAUGUCACCAUGGACCCUGUUGAUGGCAGAGGCCCCUCAGAUCAAAAUCUAGCCACUCAGGCCACAGAAAAGGCAAGGGAGGUGUCCUUGGCCACCUUUGGGGACGUUGGGUGUGCCUUCUCACACACCUCUGGCUACUUUAGAACAGGGAAGAUAAGGUUUGGUCACAAACGGUCAAGCCUCCUGGAAAAUGUGAAGUACCUAGCGACUGCUCUGAACACUGGCAACUAUGACUUCGUCAUGACUUUCCUUGAUGUCUACCCAGCUUUUGCCACCACCUGGCAGGUGCUGGAGCUGAUAAUGAAAACGUAUGGAUCUUUGCAGUCUGACAGCAUGAAGGAUCAGAAUACAAAGAUCGCCAUAGAAUUCUUUUUGGGACUGAUGAUGAAAACAGUGCCCCAGGAUUUUAAGAAGAAUCCAGACUGGGUCGUCUUGAACAAGUUUCUGAUCUACCUGCGACUCCACAUGCCCUUUUCCAACCUCCACCUCCACGUCCAGAAGCUGAUAUCACAGCUGGAGGAGCAGGAGUCCCAGGAAAUACAUGAAGAGGAUGAGGAGGCCAGAGAUUGUGAGAUCAUCAAAGCCCCAGAACAGGAUACCUCAGGGAUGCAAGAGACACUGCAUCUAAGUCCAGCUUCUGGGGCAGAGCCACAGGGAGAUCUGAAAACUCAAGAGGACAUUGAUGUCGUGGACCCGGCGGCUGGGGAACCUACUGAGUCGGAAGCUGAACCAGCGCAGCUUCUGAAUGUUGAUCAGCCUCUGCCCACACCAGCCGAUUCCCUAGAUGCAGCUGCACGUGUCCCCCACGUCAAGCUCUUAUUUCCAGUGUCUGUUGUGGGAUUAGCCCCACCCGUGAAAUGUUCAUCACGGCGAGUCAUUGGUCUGGUCCUCUGGCACAGCAUCAUCACCGGACCUGCACGGAAACUCCUCUUGGAUAUCCCGCUGUUGCCCCCAGUCAUGGAGAUGCUCCAGUUAUUGUUCCACAGGACCAGUCCCUUCAUGCACUCCAGCAGGUCAGAGAUGGAGUAG